UUUUUUUUUUUUAUUAUUUUUAUUAUUUUAUACAUAUUAUAUACAUAUAGAUAAAUAUAUAUUAGUAGUUGUAUUAUUGCUUACUGGUCAUAUUCUUAGAAAAAAAAACAAACCUUAUUACAACAAUAACAAUGCAGCAACUACCACAAGAACAACGUAUACAACAAUUAACUUAUACUUCUCGUUCAAUGGAUUUACAAUCUUCGUCUGAUUCAACUAGUAGUUAUGGUACCUUUCCAAUGACUCCUUCCGACCACAAUUUGCCUCUUUCCCCUGAAAAAGAUCAUUUGAAACAAUCUACUCAAACCCAAUAUACUUUUUCGAAAGCCACUUCAACAAAAGAUAUACCUAUUACAUUGGAUCCAACAACAAAUAUGAAUGCGAAACAACUCACUCAAAACCCAACCGAUUUGAAUAACACUACUACAAGCAAUAAUAACAGCAGCCAUACAUUCCCUUCUUUGGAACAUCCUCAUUGUACUCAGUCUGCCCCUGGCGAAGAAAGUUCACCAAUCAACUUUGAUAGGAAAACACAUCUGAGCGUCGGACCUUCUAUACACUCCUCAUUAGUCACCCCUUUUUCUUUGACAACAGAAACAAUAAAAUCCCAGGCACAUACGAUACAACAACAAGAUGAUGAUGAUGAUAUUUAUAGUAUGGAUGGAUCUUUAGGAUCUAUUGAUUGUGACGAUUUUCCAAGUCCUCCUUCAUCUACUCCUAGUCUAGUAAAUUACCAGACCUUCACAACCAAUAGCCAACAAGAACAACAUAUUGAAAAAGAUGAUACAAACUACAUUAAACAUACUUCGACUGCCAACAACAACAACGACAACAACAACAACAACAAAUAUACUUCACGAUUCACAGAAAUUUUUGAUGUAGAUUGUAUAGAAUUGGAUUGGGAUUAUCUUACCAAAAAUCAGCAAUGUUCAACUAUAUCAAAUCAACAACAACAUCGUAAUGAUAAAAACAACAAUAGCAGCAAUAAUCGAAAUUACAAGACUCUGGGAGGCAUUAUCACUAAUAUUGGACGAACAGCAUCGUUAUCUAGAGUAUCGUCUCCUACAGAUGGUUCUAGGUCAUCUAUAUCUAUCAGCAGUAGUCCUUCACUUCGUGGCAUCAUGAGAAGCUUUAGCACAACAGGCACGCAUUACCAAAGGUCAAAAAAGUCAAAUACAUUGGUGGAACAAGAAAUCGGAAUGUCUCGAGCAGCUCAAGUGGUGGCAUCAACAGCAACAACAAGUAAUGAUAUUCUUUUACUUGAAGAAGAAAAUGAUAUUGGCAACAGCAGCAAUGGAUCAUCUAGUUCUAUCAACAAAGAUAUCGACAACAAUAAUGAUGUAAAAAAUGGACAGAGGAGAAAAUUAUCCUAUUUGUUAUCUAACACCAUGAAACCAACACGACGCCAUACAACUAAAAUAGUCAACUUGCAACGAUCACCAUCAUCAACUCCAGCUGCCCAAAGAAAACCAGCAAGAAGGACAGUGAUGAGUACAAACUCGAUGAAUGAAGUCAAUACUCAAAAUCUAUAUGCAGAAAUUGUCAUCAAGUCAACCCAAUGCCACCCUACCAAAUUAGUUGGCUCUCAACAAUCAUCAUCCUUAUCAGUAUCAUCUGCACCCAAAAAUUCUAUGAAUGAAGUCACUACUGAACGAUUACAUGUUAAAAACACGAUGGAGCGAAUAGGAUACAAGACCACUAGUAGAAUAAGCAUGCAGCAAUCACCACCUUCAUCCUUGUCAUCAUCAUCAUUAGUUUUGCCUGCAGACUCGAGGAAUGAAGCCAAUGCUCAUGAUUUACUUGCAGCUAAUAACAUAGUGGAGCCAACGCGACACAACAUCAUCAACAAAGUCAAUAUGCAACAAUCAUCAGCAUCAUCAUCAUCAUCAGCUUUACAUUCAAAUUCGAUAAAUGAAAUCGGUAUUCAAGAUGUAUAUGCAACUAAUAUUAUGAAAUCAACACGACGCAACACUGGCAACAGAACAGAUACACAACAAUCAUCAACAUCAACUUUAUCAGCUAGGAAAUUGACACAACGGAUGAAUGUAGACUCGAUGAAUACUCAAGAUUUAUAUGUGGAUAUUGUCAAUUUGUGUCAACCUCAUCGACCUUCUUCUACUCCUCCUACUCCUCCUUUGAAAAUAGCUCCUUAUCGAUACUCCAAGAAGUUACCUUUACCACCACCACCACCAUCACCGACUCUAUCAUCAUCAUCUACAUCAUCAUCAUCAGUAGCAUCUAUUCAAGGAUAUCACAAUGAGCUGGAUUCAUGUGAUUUAACAUUGGAACAAACGAAAAAGGCAAGACGAAAACAACAUAUUACUCAAGUGAUAGAACAAGCACCAAGAUUACGACAAAAUAUGGAUAAACGGUCAAGGAAGAUCACAAAUGAUGAGACUGAAACGGGUGAACAAAUUGAAAAAAGCGUUCUGACACUUAUGGGAUUGGAACCUGACUAUUUGAAGAAGUUACCGCCGCCUAUUCCUCAUCGAUCACCAAAAAGAAAACCAUCCAUUCAUCUAUCAUCAUCUUCACGAACAAUGGCAUUACCUCCUUUACCAACAUCACCAUGAUUAUCAAUCAUCAUUCAUGACAUUUUAUUAUAUCAGUUUUUAGCUUUUAUCGUUUUUUUUUUUAUUAUUAUUGAUCAACAACAAUCACCUAUUUUUAUUAUUAGUCACCCCUCUUUGUCCCCCCUUUUUUUUUUCUGAAUUGG